AUGCUAAUACGACGUAAACAAAACACAAAACUGAAUUAAAAAACAUAUUAAAAAUGACGUUCAGACGCGGAAUAGACUCAAAAGUCUUCCGUGCCGUUCUGAACGUCGAUAUGGACGAACUGGCCAAAUGCACCGAGACCGAAAUUCGCCCCGUUCUACCCUGUUUGGUGCGAAUGGGGUUGAUCUCCCCCGUUUACACAUCGAAAAAGUGCUCCAAUAUGAAGCUGAGCAUACUCACCAUUGUGUCUGGGAUGGAGCUGGUUAAUUCUAUUGUUGCUCUGUUGUCCAUCGACUUUCACAAGCUUGAGAUUGAUGUGAGGAAAGAGCAGCAGUUGAGGCAAAAAGGUAGUUUAGUACAGAAUGACUCAGUUUUAAUUGGUAACCUGUCGAAUUCAAGCAUGGCACUGGAAUACGAACGCAGCGAUAUGACGAGAAGGUUGAGCAUACUUUUGGGUGAACUCCUUUACAUUCAGUCCCAAAUUCAGGACUGCAACGACGACGAAUAUUUUCUAAGGGCCUCCGAUUUAUUUGAUAAUGAUAUUUUCACAGAGGAACUGGCUGAUAUUAUUUGUAUAGCACUGGCAGAGCUUCCAACAACUUUAAGCAUCACUAAUAUUUGCGAGACAUUAUUGCACGUGCACAACGGACCUGCGAUAAUUUGCAGACUUGUGGCUAAUUUUCCAGAUUCAUUUAGAGAAGUGUGCACGUAUUUGAUUCAAAGUGGCGAAAAACAAGAAGAAACAAUUUCAAGUACAGUUAGGGCGUCAACAAUAACUCUUUUAUGCAGAAUGAAUCCGUCUCAAGCUUUGACGAUUAGAGGAAAGUGCGUGGAGUUGUGCAGAAUGCCUGCAUUAGCCAUUGCUUUGUCACUUGAACAUGGAGACAAAAAUGCACGAGUAGAAGAAGACAGCGACAUGGUCGCUUUUAUUUCUGGCCUGUUGUUGGGCAAUGAUCAAACAACCCGCAACUGGAUAGCGUUGUUCAUAAGAACGGGACAGAAACGUAAAGGGGAAGUUUCCAGCAACGCGUUGCAGCAACUGAGAGAUGAACUGUUGCGACGACUCCACAGUAUUAUAGAGGCGUCUCCUAAUGGACAAUUGCCUGACGCAUUGGUGGUUCAGGCGUCAGCCCUUUUGAGACUCUACUGUGCCUUACGUGGAAUUGCCGCCAUUAAAUUUCAGGAUGAAGAAGUCACGUUAAUAGUCCAACUAUUAACGUCGCACCCGAAUCCAACACCGGCAGGCGUACGUUUCGUCUCAAUCGGCCUGUGCAUGUUGAUCGCCUGUCCGUCUUUAGUCACCAUGCAAGAUCACGAGAAGCGCAGCAUCGAAUGGGUCCAGUGGCUCGUACGUGAAGAAGCUUAUUUCGAAUCUGCCAGCGGUGUAAGCGCCUCUUUCGGAGAGAUGUUGCUGUUGAUGGCCAUCCACUUUCACAGCAAUCAACUGAGUGCCAUCUGCGACUUGGUGUGCUCAACGUUGGGGAUGAAAAUUGCCAUCAGACACAACAACAUGACGAGAAUGAAGCAGGUGUUCACGCAGGACAUUUUCACGGAGCAGGUGGUUACCGCACACGCUGUCAAGGUUCCAGUUACCAACUCCUUGAACGCCAACAUGUCGGGGUUUUUACCCAUACAUUGUAUACAUCAGUUGUUAAAGUCUAGGGCGUUUGCAAAACAUAAUGUUAAUAUUAAAAGUUGGAUUUACAAGCAGAUUUGUACCAGCAUCAGCCCACUUCAUCCAGUCCUUCCAAUGCUUGUUGAAGUAUACGUGAACAGCAUAAUGGUGCCGAACACGAAAGUCUCCGAACAGCAACAAACCAACAAACCUUUAACAGAAAAUGAAAUAAGGCACGUGUUCCAAUCGUCAAUAUUCGGUAAAUAUUUCGACCAUCGUCAGUCGGUGUUCAGCAUGGACACUGACCCUGAAAUUGGAACGAUAAAAGUCGACAACAGUAGUCUUACGCCACAACUCCUCCUUUUGUACUACUUGCUGUUGUACGAGGAUUGUAGGUUGAGUAACGCACAUCUUUUGGCGACCAGUGGCAGAAAAAUCAAGAUAUACACGUCGGAUUUUCUGAGCGAACUGCCAAUUAAAUAUUUACUCCACCACGCUCAAAAAGACCAGACAAGUUACUCCGGAUUAUUCGGGCCGUUGCUCAAGUUACUGGCAACGCAUUUUCCCCACUUAACGCUGGUUGAAGAUUGGCUGGACGACAUGUCGUUAAACGAUAACAAAACCAAGACGAAACGCAAGACUAGGAUCAGCGAGUUUGCAUUGGUUGAAGGCAUGGAAGCACUGGAGGUAAACCCUUCUAAAUGCGCAAACUUGCUGAAGGGGUUGUUGGAUCAGGAGGCUAUUGAUAUUUGGCCCUUAGCUGAAACGUUAACUUUGUACGCCAGAAAGUUACUGGGCGACGACGUGCCUAGGUAUCUGCAAGACUUAUACAAAGACGUCUGGUUAAGGUUGAACACAGUCUUGCCUCGCAGAUUGUGGGUUUUGACUAUCAAGAAUUUGGUCGACGAUUUCUCAGUCGUCACCCGAAUUGAUGUGGCCGAAGAUCCCCUACAGAUAUUAAGAUGUGACGAACGGGUGUUCCGUUGCGCACCGAUUUACUCGAUUGUACUGCGCGUGUUGAGGGCCAGUUUGGCAUCUUCCAGAAGCCAACUGAUGCAACAUUUACAAGCCAAUCCCAGAAUCGACCAUAACGGGCAAUUAGUUAACGAAAACGACAGGGAGGAGAUGUGCAGAGCCACCAUCGCUGCUCAGGAAAGUGCCGCAGUUCAAAUGCUUUUAGAAACAUGCCUGGAAACGGAAGACGAUAAAACAAUUCCCGGGCGUCAAUGGGCUUUACAAGAAGUUCGAUCUUUGGUGUGCAGUUAUUUACAUCAAGUUUUUAUUGGAGAUACUAUGCUAGCAAAACUCGUACAUUUCCAGGGAUACCCGAGCGAGCUACUGGAGGUAGUGGUCAAAGGUGUGCCCUCAAUGCACAUUUGCCUGGACUUCGUGGUGGAACUGAUGCAACAGCCGAGCCUCAACAAGCAAAUCUUCGCGAUUCAACUGUUGGCCGAGGUGUCACUCCAGUACGCCCUCCACCGCAGCAUCGGUCUGUGCGUUACCGCCCUUAAUUUGUUGUACGCGUUGUUGGGCGGAAUUUCAAGCGCACAACGCGUCAAACUUUUCAAGCCCGUCCUGCCCUCGCUGGUGAAAAUCGCCGAAGCCUUUCCGCCUUUGACCAACGACAUAAUCAAUUUACUGAUGCAGCUGGCGAGGAUCUGCCAGAGUCAGGCGUCUUUGGCGUCGCAUUUCGACGCCCAUCUGGGCAGGGAACUGGAAAUAUCGGCACGCGAGAGCGAAGAGCUGUGCGAUCUUACGCAGAGGACUUUCGCCGAUAUUUUGGACAAGGCUGUGCUCAGAGGAGUUGUGUACAAGCAGGAGUGAUUGUUUUUGUCAUUUUGAAUAAAGUUUUUUAAUUAAA